AUGCGAAAGAGUAGAGGUGUGUUGGCUAUACAAAACGAUCGAACGUCCUCUCAUUCCUCUCAGGAGGACAUAAUUCUCAGUGCCAGCGCGUACACGAGACCGGAAAGGACAUCCAGCGUGUUCCACCGUGAUGAAUCGCCGACUUUCCAGAGGACCGUUCCUGCGUUUCAACUGGAAAGCUCGAAGAGCGUCGACAGCUACGACAAAAACGACGUGAGGUUCGAAGACGUGGACGAGAGACACGAGGAACCCAUCGACGAAUUGACGUCCUCGAAACACAUCGAUCAGAUCGAUGGCAACAACAUUGAAGUAAAACCAGGCGAAUACUACCGGAUAUCGCCCACGCUAAGCGAAUCCUUGUCGGGGGAAGGACAAGGGGCUCCGCAGGGACCAAAACUCUUGACGGAGCCCCAUCAGCUGGAUGGAGUGUCGCGUCGACGGGCACAGUAUCUGCAGGCGAUAGAUCAACAAAGACGGGCACGUCAAGAGACACCGAGGAUCUAUAGCGAGCACGCACCGCCGCCUAUUCUGCAGACCGUUUCUCCAGGACAACGCCAAGCGAAUCCCGAUAUACAGGACAUCAUCACUGGCAUAGUCAAACUACUCAAUGGGAACGUAAACGUCGCCGCGAACACUGUCAGGCCGUUGAGACCUAUUCAAGCCACCAGGAUAAAUAAUAGAGGUCCACCAAGAAUAUCCGACGUUCCGCCGUUGCCACCAGACUUCGACACACCUGGAAUGAAUCCUCCACCGCCGCCGGAUCAUCCUUAUCCGUUUGAGAAACCACCAGCCCCCGACAGACCCUUGGUCAAUCAACUACCACCCGAAAGACCGGUCAGACCUUUCGUGAACGGUGUUCCAUUGCCAGAGCAAAUCGUCCCUCAGGGGAACCGUCCGUGGACUUGGAAUCGUCCUGGAAAUAACAGACGACCGGUACCACCGUACAAACCGCUGCCACCGCCUCUGGAUUCCAGUUUCCAUCGCGAAAAGGAUCCAGACGACAAGCAUACGGAUAAACAUCACCCCGAUCAUAAACCUGACACUCAAUCUACGAACGAAUCCUCUACCAAAAAGGAAGAAGACGACCAAAACGAGAACACUACAAAUGGCCUAGAAAACGCAACUAAAAGUCACGCCGAGGAUAAUCAUCAGAAAGAUAAACAGGACACGAAGAUCGUGGAAAAACCGAUCAACGAGAAUGCAACGAAGGAGCCAGACACUGAAGACUCCACGAAAAAGGAGAACAAGCAUCAAUCUUUGGAUAAGGAGAAUAAAACAAGCAACGAGACGACUACAACGGUUGGCUUGGAGUCUAAUCAUUCGAACCAAGUGGGCGACACGAAGCACAACGACUCUCCGAAGCCAGUGAUACCGUUGGAGAUCAAGCCUACGAAAUCAUUGAAGGCCAGCGAUACUCGAGGCUCCUCGAAGUUAAACAAUGAGAAAGCUAGCGACAAAACGAUGAUAUCCAAAACAUCGACGAAGUCCUUCGCAACGUCCACGCUGAACAUUGAGACUAGCUCGUCUGUUCAUGUGAUCGAACCUACGACAACGAAACCCGCCGCGUCUGCCACCGUUUCGGUUCCCACUGCCAACGAAUCGAGCAGUUCCCCGGGAACAACGACAAUGGUGCCUUUGGAACCCAGCAAAUCGUCCGAGUUUGAAAGUACGACCAGUAUAUCCAGUUUCCCAACCCCGACGGACAAUUUGCCGUCCAGUUUCACGAAGACCUCUUCCACAACGGAGAAAAGUAUAAUUCAUACUCCUGUCUCCAACACGUUCACGAAGAAUUCAGCCCCCACGGAUCGCUAUGCUUACCGACCCCGACCUGGAAUCGUCCUCGACGAUACCUUGGAUUACACAGGAUCCCAGGGACUGGCUACUCAACGACCAUACGCGCCACCGAGGCAUCCACCUCUCGGUGAUAUUUUUGAUGUCACGGUCUCGGCUAUCCAAGGCCCCGGCGGUGGAGGCUCUGAGGAAGGCGUCAGGGUACCGAUAAACGCUGGGAGUGCCGACGUGAUUCUAACGUCCGCGGUCGAGGGCCAAGGUUUCGUCAGUAUCGACGGUAAAAGGACGUACCUGAACUUGUUCGAAAGCACAGAUCGUACAUCGACGCACGUGCAGACGCAACCACAACCCACCAAGACUCAACCACCUGCUGUCGUCGGCACAGGAUUCGCAGUUCCUCAACCAGAUCCUCCAGCAGCGAGUCCAAGACCUAUCGGACCGAUCCGAAGACCAACGUUCCACAGAAGGCCAACUCAACCGCCGGUCAGAAUAGACACCUGCAUCGUGGGCGACACGAGCACUUGCGACAUUAGUCAGCACGAGGCGUGUGCCACGGUUCAAGGAGUCUCCGCGUGCCACUGCAAGCCAGGAUAUGCCAGAUUGCAGCACUCUUUGCCGUGCAAAAAAAUUAUCAGUAUCGUCGUGUCUAUGAGAGUGGACAAAAUCUACGACAGGAAAGUCGUAUGGGACAGAGGGUUUACCGAUAGAGACUCCGAAUCCUACCAGACUCUGGCUUACGAAGCGAAUCGAGCUAUCGAAUCGGCCAUGUCUAUGACGCCAUUCUCGGACGAGUUCAUGGGUUCGUCGAUAAAUCGCGUGUACCAAGGGGACGUGAGCCAAGGACAAGGUGGUGUCUUCGUCAACGCAACCCUGAAACUUACCUACGAGCCUAGAACGAUUCGGCCUAGUUUAGCAGGAGAACUGCAAAGACAUCUGCUCGGUGUUAUUCACAGAAGAAGCAAUAACAUUGGGAACAGUGCCUUGUACGUCGACAGUCCACCUGGAUCUAUAUCAAACUUGCAAGAUUUAGACGAGUGCGCGUCGUCGGAAUUGAACGACUGUCAUUCCUUAGCGACCUGUAAUAAUAAUUGGGGCGGUUUCACUUGCGCCUGCAAUCCAGGAUUAAAGGAUUCCCACAAGGACGAUCCUAACGAGUCCGGCAGGAGCUGUAUUUCGUGUCCCUCGACUUACUGCAACAAUCGGGGAUCGUGUUCCUAUCAGGGCGAUCACAUGCAGUGCACGUGUACUGGCAAUUAUUAUGGUGCUCAAUGCGAAGUCGACGGAGAAGUCCUGGGCGUAGCAAUAGGGGCUUCAGUAGCAGCUUUAAUAAUUAUAGUUUUAACACUCGUGUGUCUCGUCAUGUGGAGUCGAAGAUGGUCGCGAGAGCAGAAAUCGGUUGGCUCACCGGUUUACGGAUACAUUCAGGGUGGCAUACCUGGUACACUUCCCGGAACUUUAGCAAGGGUAGGCUCCGUGGGCACUCUGGCUUCCGUAAAACAAGGACCACCGGCCAACUUGCCACCCUAUAUGUGGGCACACUUUGCCGACCACAUGGCAACUGCCAACGUAUACGCGACGGAACCCAUGGGUCCAACUCGACCGAGUUCAGCUGUGUUCGGCUAUCCACCGAUUAAUGUUCAUGGGACGUUACCGCCAGUGCCGCUACCAAGACUUCAGGCUCCGCCAAGACCAAGACAGAGACAUCAGCCAGACCCGGACAGCUCGGACUCCGAGCUUCAAGAUAAGGACAGGGCUGACUUAAUUCCCCAAAAUAGCGGUUUUCACGUUCCCAGGCCGAAAUCUAGAUCAUCCUUGGCAAAUCAAAGCGGAAUCUACAACGACGUGGAGUACGAUCAAGGCGACGUGCACCAUUUAUCAAAAAACAACAUUCCGAUGUCCACUUAUAGGCCGUACUACCGAACGUGAAAUCUGGGAUGUUUAGUUUAGUUACAUUUUAACAAAGACAAUGAUCGAGGAACCGUGGCUACCAGUACAUUUGAACAAAGAAAAAGAACUGGAAACGUGGACCGUUUAAUACGUGCAACAAUAGGAAUGCGCUGAAUGGAAACCAAAUACAAUUUUGUGACACGGAAAGUAUUGGAAUUCGUACGUGUUCAUUCGGUUACUCUCGGCUACGAUUUGAACGUGUCCUGUUUCCACGAAAAUGUAUCGUGCUCAUAAUUGUUCGCGUCGAUGUAAGUCAGUGACAGCAUUACUUAACUUUUAGUUACAUAUCCGCUAUUAUAUAGAUAUUUAUUAUCAUAGUACUACCAUCGAAAUAAAAUAUAUUUUAAAAAGCCUCCACGCGCAGAAAAGACAUUAAGGCUGUUUCUUUGUAAGAAUCUAUCAAACGAAGGGUGCAUACCGAAAGACUAGUAUUAAAGCGAUUGCUCCUUUUAAUUAAUAUUUUAGUAUAAAUAACUUUUUAAAUUGGUAUCUCCCGAAUAUCUGCAAGCUCUUAGACGAAAAAAAAAGAAGAAGAAA